AAUUAUCUCCUGAAUAUAAAAAUAUAAAUAAAAAUCUUUAAAAAGUCGAAUUAUCACUUUCUAAAUAUAACAAAAAUGAUUAAUUAGAUAUAAUAAUGUUUCCUGAACUUGCUUUUACAGGUUAUAUAUUUAAAAAUUAAGAAGAUAUCAAACCAUAUUGUGAAGAAUAAAAAUAAGGAUAACAAUAUAAAUUUUUAUCAUAAUUAGCCAAAAGACUAUUUUCUUAUGUGUUCGCGGGUUACCCUGAAAUUUAAAUAUAAUCAGAUAAUAGCUAAAAAUAUUAUAAUUCUGCCUAUUUAAUUGAUAGGGAUGGUAAUUUGAUUAUAAAUUAUAGAAAAAAACAUCUUUUUGAAUCAGAUAAAACCUGGGCUUAAGAAGGUCAAGAAUUUAAAUGCGUGGAAUUAUUAAAUUUGGAAAAUAAGACAUUUAAAGCUGGCUUAGGUAUUUGUAUGGACAUAAACCCUUACGAAUUUCUAAAUUGUUAAUAAUUUGAGCUUUCUGAUUUCUGUAAAGAAUAAUAAAUUGACGUUCUUUUGUUUCUUUCAGCCUGGAACGAUCAUGAACCAAAUAGAAACGAUAGAAAUUCAAUCGAAGGUCAAUUAAAUUAUUGGCUUUGGAGAUUAAGAACCAUUAUUAAUUAAAAAAAGGAAAUAAAUUUCAAUAAAACAACUUUUGAUUGUAGAAAUUUAGAAAUUACUGAAUGGUUGCCUAUGUUGAGUGUAUGUGUAGUUGCAAAAGAAACUGGAACAGUUUUCAAUGAAUGUGAUUUGUCGGAUUUACCUUGGUGUGAUUAUGAUGAAAAAAGUGAAUAAACUGUUCAGAUUAAUGUAUUUGGAUAAUUAAUUAAUAGAAACAACAAAUUGAAAUGA